AUGUUUGUAUUAAUCGAUGUCAAUGGAUCAAAGGGCUCUUUCCCAAAACAAGUAAUAUUGACAGCAGAUCCAAUUCCUGCUUUGGAUAUUUCAAAUCUGGGUAUCUUUCUUUUACAGCCAGCAAUCUGUAAAGAUCUUUGUUAUUUUAAAAAUAUGCGCAGAAGUUCCCUUGACAAAUUGUUGAUAGCAGUCAAAAAUGCAUUAGCAUCAGGAAGGGGUCCAAGUGCGUGCACAGCAGACUUGGAGGAGGAAAGGAAUAGGACCUUAUUUUUAUUACUUUUUUAUUUGAAACUACCAACCAGCAUAUCGGCAAUCUGGGUAUCAAUUUGA